CUGAAUGAACUCACGCUUACAGAAGCUCAGGGAGUGAAUAAGGAAACCCAAACACACCCUGAAAGAGGAGCGAUGUGUGCAGUCCAUCACUAGGAAACAACCCAAACGCUAAAUACGACUCGUGUUUGGAGGUUUCUCUGGACAACCUUACCUUGGCAAGAGAACUGGAGAUAAGCAAACAGCAGUUAGGAGAUGCUUUGGUUAGACAUAAGAAAAAGUGGCAUCAGCCGACUGUGACACAAGGAAAAUUUAUUUUCUCUGGCUUCCACAUAUCGCUUAAUGCGACCAGUGAGGGUGACGAGCAGCCCUGUUCACAUACAUCUUUCUAAUAUUUGCCCUCUGAGUCAUUAUUCACAGUCAUUGCUCAAUGACAUUGCAUAUCCUGUCACCUGCUACCUGAAACACUUGGACAUCUCGGAGGGCGUAAAACAAGGAGUUUAUACCUCGUCUAUCAAGUCGACAGGAGUGAAGAAUCUCCUUUAAGAGUCACUCACAGCUAACAAGACAGGGAGGGAGCAGGAGGCAGAGAAGAGGAGGGUGGGUGGAGAGGCUCAGAUCGAAUUGGCGCUUAAGUGCGAGCGAACGGGCGAGCUCUCGGAAGCAGCGAAUAAGUGUCUAUUGUAACCAAUGGUCCUUUGAAAAGACCUUUCAUUUCCCACUGAAGAAUCAAAGCCAACAGGUCAGCAUCUGAGCCUCGUACUUCUGCAGAUAACAGAACGAAUGGCUUCAGUUCAAAGCAACAGUUCAAAAGGACUCGACCGUAAUUGAAGAUGGAUUUGUAAAAGAUCUUCAGGGCGAGAGUAGAAGCAACAUUUACGAUGUAUGGAUUUUCUUGGGUUUGUUGUCGGUGCUGAUCUGUCCAUCACUUUGUUGCCUUGGUUGGAUCUCUAGCUGACAUUUCCCGAACCGGUAAGGGUGAGUGGGUGGAGAACAUGGGGAAGUCAAACAGCAAGCUCAAACCAGAAGUGGUGGAGGAAUUGACCAGGAAGACAUAUUUUACAGAGAAAGAGGUUCAGCAAUGGUACAAGGGCUUUAUAAAAGACUGCCCGAGUGGUCAGCUCGAUGCUGCAGGUUUCCAGAAGAUCUACAAGCAGUUCUUCCCCUUCGGCGACCCCACCAAGUUCGCAUCAUUUGUCUUCAAUGUUUUUGACGAGAACAAGGAUGGAAGGAUUGAGUUCUCCGAGUUCAUUCAGGCUCUCUCUGUGACAUCACGCGGGACCUUGGAUGAAAAGCUUCGCUGGGCCUUUAAGCUCUAUGAUCUUGAUAAUGAUGGCUACAUCACACGUGAUGAAAUGCUCAAUAUAGUGGACGCCAUCUAUCAAAUGGUGGGAAACACAGUGGACCUUCCAGAAGAGGAAAACACACCAGAGAAGAGAGUGGAUCGCAUUUUUGCCAUGAUGGAUAAGAAUGCUGAUGGGAAGUUAACCCUCCAAGAGUUCCAGGAGGGUUCGAAGGCAGAUCCAUCUAUUGUACAAGCUCUGUCACUCUAUGAUGGACUAGUAUAGUAGCAGUUUGUAAUAUAGGUGGGCCUGAGGAUCCAGUGCAAUGCCAACCCACGAUGCCAUGUAAAGAGAUGAGUCUUCUUCAUCUGACCUCUCAUUCUGGACACUUGUGACUGAGAAGUACAAGAGAGAAUAGAUAAACCACUAUGAACUCAUCCUCACGACUCCUCACAAGCAAAUCGCCUUUGACCCUUUUCUUUGUCAUACAGUGACAAAAAGGAAAGAAAUUGCCAUUCUGAAAAUUGUGUUUGUGUACGCAUACUGAAGGAUCCCAUGGAUUUUCACAAGUGCUUGUUUCACUGAGAAAAUGAAGUGGACACUGUGGAAGGCACUGAUUUUAAAAACGCAUGUUGACUGACCUGAAUUAUAGAUAUGUGUAAAAAAUAUGUUUUCAUAUUUUUAAUCAUACUCAGCUGGGAUAUUGUGGAUGUACGCUUCUUUUAUUAUUUAAGAGCCUGGUUAUGUUUUAUUUAUUUUUUGUUGACCUUGAAAUGUAUGGAUCGCUGUUACAAGCCUCAACGUUUCUAAAGCUUCUUAAAAUGAAAGACAAUUAUCCUGUCUUGCAUUUCUUUUGUAAUAUGAAUGUGAAAGGAGAUUAAUUUAUUGUGUAUAGUACGCAGUUAUAUUGUUUAUAAUGUACAGCCCCUCCAUUGCUGGCAAAACUCAUUACAAAGACCUUAACACGGUGUCGUAACCAAGCAACGUGCUACAGUGUUAUUUCUGAACAUAACUAAUGUGUGUACAUCUGUAUGUAAUGCUAUUAUCUAAUACAAAAUUAACCUAGCAUGUUAAGCAGUUUAACUUGACCUUGUCAACUGCAUACAUGAAUUAACAUCAUGAGGAAUACAGGUAUAUAAUCAUCUAUUUUCUCACUUUUUACAAUGUUUGCCUUCACUGCAUUAAUCAAGCUUAUAAUCAAAAAUAUACAACACAUUUUGUGAAUUUUAUUUAUAGAAAUAUUUACAGUCAAUGUUUUUGGAAAUAUUUACAAUUAAUUGUUCACCAAGAAAAGGUAUAUGACAAAUAUUUUUAUUUUAUUUAUAGAAAUAUUGACAGUAAAUAUUACAGUCAGUAUUUUCGGAAAUAUUUACAGUGUUGGCCUUCACUGCAUUCACCCAAAAAUAUAUACAACAAAUACAUUUUUUAAAUAUUUACAGUAAAUAUUAUUACAGUAAAUAUUUACAGUAAAUAUUAUUACAGUAAAUAUUUACAGUAUUGGCCUUCACUGUAUUCACCAAAAAAGAAUUAUACAAUUAUAUAUAUAUAUAUAUAUAUAUUGAAAUAUUUACAGUAAAUAUCACAGUAUAUUACAGUCAAUAUUUGCCGAAAUAUGUACAGUGUUGGUCUUCACUGCAUUCACCAAGACAAACGUACAAUUUUUUUAAAAUAUAAAUAUUUACUGUAAGUACAGUAAGUACAGUCAAUAUUUACAGUGUUGGCCUUCUGCAUUCACCAGGCUUUUAAUAAGAGAAAAAUUAUACAACAAAUACCUUUAUUUUAAGGAAUUUUAUUAUACAUGUGUCCAAAAAUAUUUACAGGAAAUAUUAUUACAUGAAUUAUUUAAAUAAAUAUUACAGUCAAUAUUUACAGUGUUUGCCUUCACUGCAUUUACCAAGCUUGUAAUAAGCAAAAAAUUAUAUAACAAAUAUUUUUAUUUGAGACAAUUUUGGUUGUAAAGAAAAUAACAAACCUCACAGCUAAAAUAUAAACCUGAACAUUUGUUUAUAUAUAUAUUUUUUUCUCUUUGCAUCCAGCAACUAGCGUAAAAAACUGCUGUUCCUUUCUUUUCCUGUCUGGUUUUCCUUCAGACAAAAGCCAUAGGCUUAAAGAUAUUUGUGUCAGGCAGAUGAAGACAGCCCUUGUUUCAGUUAGUCUCGUUAUCCGUUACUCUCUGCCUCAUGAUUAAAUUUGAGUUGCUACAUAACUGCUUCUAAUGUUAUUUGCUGUCUGUAAGUAAGAUAAAGGUAUUAAUAUCUGAGGUAGUUUAUCAAUGUCUGCAUCCAUUUUCAUCACUUUAUGGUAUAUGUAAUUGGACAGCAUUGUUGAGUGGUUUAAGCAUUCAGUAGGAGCACAGAGUGUGUAUUCCAUCAGCACAAUGGAUAAAUUGGCUCUCUUUCAAGAAACUUUGCAGUGGUCAAUGAAUCCAUAACCUUAAUCUAGUUUGUCACACAAAAUUUAAGCAUAAAUCAAAUCUCAGUCUCAAUGUAAAUCGGUUCCAGAGAAUCACAAAAAUAUUGCUCAAACAGUUAUCCUGUGUUUUCUCCACAGAAGAUCCUAAUAUAUUCCAAUCCAUAUGACUGGAGUUUUUGUUUUAAUAACAUAUUUUUUAAUCCAUGUGUUCAUUUAGUGCCCUAGACAAGUUUUAUAAUAAUAAUAAUAAUAAUAAUAAUAGUAAAGCUAUUAUUGUAAUUAUAGCUAUUAUUAUUAUUAAUAAUAAUAACAUAUAAUAAGGUUAAUAGUACACCAUUAUUAUUAUGCAUUUAAAGAUCACUUGGCUUAAUACUUCGGGUGUAAACAAUUACAUAUUAUCAUACCUUCAAUUCAGCUCCUGUUACUUGACCUGACAUUAAAAUAUUCUUAGUAGACUAAAUAAUAAAUAAUAUUUUUUUGUAAUGCAUGGCACUGCACAACACAUACAGCCACACAAGGGUUUCAUGUAUCUGUAAAGUCUUGUGACGGCUUGUUGCUGCAGCACAGAUUCUUUUAUCUGUCUUGAAUGUUGCGGCUCUAUUGUAAUGGAGCAUCUGUGGCACGUCUUCAAUUUCAUUAUGAAGUACUCAAGCCUGGUGGCCCGGUCAAUGCCACCGGGCUUCUGAAUCAGCAAUAACAGUUCUCGUUGACUAAAAUAAGACAGGCCCCACACUCAACUCACAAGCUUGUUUUCCAGAUCCAACAAUAAAACAAAACAGACUUCACACCCAAGUAACACAGGACGGCUCAAGAAUGACUUGCGAGUAGGGAGGAUAGGAAUGUAUGUUUUGCACAGGCUUGAAUUGCUACAUGAAAGGUCAUAAACAUGUUUUGUUUUUUUGCAGUGAGGUCUGGAUUAUUUAUCUGACAUUGUUAAGAGCAGAAGGCUGAUGAAUUGACUGUUUAGGAAAACUGGAGAAGACUUGGAAAGAGGCAGACAAACAGUGUGUUAGAGUAUUUCAUUUUAACAGAUGCUCUGCUUCUCAAGGUAAACUGAUAUGAAAAUAUUAUAAACUUGGGCACUGAAAAUGGACUUGUCUUUAAAAUAAUGGUUUUGUCUUUGGUAUAAACGGUGUUUUAAAUAAAGAUAGACAGCGGAGUGGUUUUCUAAACCUACUAAGUAAACCAUUGUAUAAAAACACGUCAUAAAAUAAGUCAAAUCUAAGCAAAGACCAAAUUCUUGUUUUAUAACAUGCCCAAUACUGUAUGCUGAUGUUGAAAUAUGUCCUAAAGUUCAAUGGGUUUGAAUGGCAUUGUGUAAUUUGGCAAGGUUAUUUGGAUGAGUCUUGAUUGUUUGACCAACCGUGUGCUGACUUGAGUGCAAAUGUCUUGUUGGCUUUACAUCGAAUUAUCGAAAGAACAACAUCUGUACACUCUCAAUAAACCCAUUCUAUUUCUAAUUGGUGUGAUUA